CUUGGUUUCAGUGACUGCUGGAAUCCUAAUCUAUAAUCACAUAUCCCUCUCAUCCAUAGUCUAUAGGCUCGCACUCAACAUCUCUGUCACUCUCAAUCUCUCUCUCUCUCUCUCUCUGGAAUGUCUCUCAGUCUCUCGAACUCUCUCUUCUUCAAUCACACUCGCCGGCGUCUCGUCGUGGUUCGUGUGUCGCUUCCUUCUCUUGGCUCGUCGUCGCCGGCGCAGAAGCAACGCAACCAGCAGCUGGCGCUCGCCGUCUUCUUCCUUCGGCGCCUUCCCUGGGCUCGUCCUCGCUCAUCAUCUUUUGGCUUCGGGGCCUCGCCGUCGCUUCCUUCUUGCCGGUCUCGUAGCCGAGUCUCCGUGGAUCCUGGUGGUUGGCAGCAAAAGACAACAGAAAAUAUAAUGGAUAAUGACUUGGGAUUAAAAAGAUCAGAACAGAUAAGGUUAAUAUAGCAUAUAUAACGAGAUUUAUAAAUUAGUUGAAUUUAUGUUUUGCUAAGUUGAUUUUAGUAUUGGAUUGUUUUAGUUAGUUUAUUGGCCUCAAAGAGAGCUCCAGAGCUUCCAAAAAUAUUUAAAAAAUUACCCCAGUUUAUUUUGUUGUAUUCACCAAUGAGCAACAAUAGUUUUUAAAAUUAUUUUUAAAUCCCAUACUUAAUUAAAUCAGUUAAUUGCACCGAAAUCGUUGUGUGAAUCACGACGUCAAAAACACGGACAUCUUUUGCCCUCAUCCUUGCCCCCAAUCCAAAAACGAACAUUUUUU